AUGUACUCUAGAAAGACCACACAUCUUUGGGCGCUUCUGGCCAUCGGCAUUACCAUUGUGUCGGGAUUGCCAAUUGCCCAACUCGAAAAUGACGAGCUCGACUGCGGACCUUGGGACGACGAAGCCGAUAUCAGUCCAAGCGCUUCUAUCGCAUCAACCUCGGCGAAGAUCAUGCCAACUCCGCUGUUGAUCCAAGCAUCUUCGACAACAAGCUCUGUCACUCCGAUACUCGUCACCUCGACAGCACAGGCCUCACCGACUGGUGUCCUAUCUUCGACAAACAGCUUUGUGGCUCCUGUCAACUCUUUUGUUCCCGUCACUCCGCCAAGCUAUGCCUUCUACAUCCAAAGCAGUAGCAGUGGCAGCUCAAACGGACUCUACGCCGCAGUCAGCGCUGGCGCUGGCGGACCAGCCACAUUCACAGCAAACAAGAAUGCAGCGACCAAGUUCACGAUCGACUCUUCUGGGGACCUUGUCGAGCAAAGUCCUUCACAAGGCUAUGUUGCCACAUUGAACCCAGAGCUCAAUGCCCAGCAAGUGGGCUUCUAUGCAUACGAUGGAAACAGCAGCAAGGGACGUCUCACGUGCCGGAGAGAGGGUGGAGAGGUCAGGUGUAACAUGAGUGGAGUGCCGUACCAGGCUGCUGCGUGUGGAGAUAAUGGAAGGCUCUACUUUACGAAGGCGGCGGCGGUUGGAUGCACUGCGAUCAAACUUGUACCAGUGGUUUCUUGA